AUGAGUAGUAGGGGGUACGCUAACUUAAACGCUUUUGUAGAGAAAGACAAACAGGACAGGUGGUCCAAUAACAGAGAAGGAGGAGGGACGCAUAAGGAUAGCAAAAGGAACAACCAGGUUGAUCGUCACAAAAAAGAUUCAUACAUAUCAAAUGAGAGGACUCACAAACAUGGGUUUAGUUCAAGAGAUUUGAGAAGUCAAUCUUCUACAAAUGAUCAGCACUUCUUCGGCAGGGGUAGCAGGGGGGGAGGAGAUCAUGAUGAGGGCAAGAAGGGACCCCAAAGGGAUUUGAGGCCCCCUAGGGAGUGGCACGAUCAGUCGGAAAGGAGUCCGAACAGGUCAGCCGUCAAGGGUGGAAGUGCGUUAGGCAGCAGAGUGGACAGCAAAGUGGGAAGCAAAGCGGACAGCAGAGUGGACAGCAAAGCGGACGGCAGGGCGGACCACCGCGGUGACCACAGGGCUAACCGCAAAGAUGACCCCAAAGUACACUCCAAAUCGCACAAGUCCUCCCACCAGCGUCACCACAAGGAUGCGCAUCGGCACCAUCGUAGAGGCUCUCACCGACACCACCGCAGAGACUCGCGCCGGCAGCAUCAUCACCAGAAGGACGUAGACGCAAAAGAAACCUCAUCGGGUGGUCUCCUAUGGAGCUGUGUCAAGAGUGUCUGCUCCUCCUUCGCAUCUGUCGUGAGAAAAAAUAUUUUUACGUACGAAAGCAACACGAAUGACAGCGGGAGGGGGAAAAUCAUUUCCGACCUCUCCAGACUUAUCGACAAAAAUGCACAGAGGAACAAACAGAAGGAUGCAUUACAGGAUGACCAUUCGACUACACCCCUAAGUAGGAACCACAUGGAUGAUGAGAAGCGAAAAAUGAAAGCUGAUUUCUCUCUCUCAAGUAACCAUAACCAUGUCGAAAGGAAGGAUGGGAGAAUGGAAGGAGAGUUGCUUGAUGAUGGAAAUAAUUUACUUAAGAAGAAUGACGAGAGCAUGCCAUCAUGUCGGGUGAAAAAAACAAAAAGCGGGUCAUAUGACUUUUCUGAUAAUGAUAUGAAGCGGCUAUUCAUGUUGGAUAGUGAGGACAGGGGGGAAGGUCACUCGCAGGAGGAUGCAAAACGGGUGAACAGGGGGGAAGGUCGAGAUGGAAGGAGCGAGCGCGCCGAGUUAGGCCCAGAUAUUGUUAAGAAGCGCGAUGGGGUGGCUCACGACAUGGGAGGAGGGGCAUCCAUGAAAGGAGAGACAUCCGUGAAAGGGGAGACAUCCGUGAGAGGAGAGACAUCCGUGAGAGGAGAGACAUCCGUGAGAGGAGAGACAUCCGUGAGAGGAGAGGCAUCCGUGAAAGGAGAAGCAUCCGUGAAAGGAGAAGCAUCCAUGGGAGGGCCGCAGUCAAUUCCAGACAUAACAAUAAACAACGGAAGCUUUAGCAAGCGCAGCCAAAGAGAUGAUUUGAACUCGAGAGGACGCCGUGCGACCCAGUCGUCGGAGGAGGAGCACACACUGAGUAGGCGCGGGGGUCUUAAGCCUGGUGAGGAGCCAAGAAAGAAGAGGGAGGGGGAGAAGGAGGAGGGGCAGAGGAGAAAGGGCAGCCUCCCCCCUUAUGGAAGUAGCAACGGGACCAGCGGAAGCAGUAGUGAUGGCGAUGGGGAUGGCGGUAGGGAAGCACUCCGAAAUAGUCUCUACGCGAAGGACAGCAUUUUGAGGCAGCUUUUGCAAGCGGGCCAGGAACACAGCAUGGAAGAGGGGGAGGAGUAUGGAGAAGGGGGUGGCGGAGUGGAAGCCAAGCCGAAGGGUAGACAACCCACGCCGAGCAACAGAACGAAUGCACCCGAGCAAAACGGAUACAUAAAACACAGGCAGGGAAAGACCUUCCUUCAAAAUGGUGAGCACCAGCCGGGGGAUCAAAUGUCAUCUCUGCAAAGUGACAACGUGGAGAAAUUAUAUUACGAACACAUUUUUGAGGAUUCCGACAAAAAGGGGAAGUCCAUGGAGGAUCCCGAUGGCGGCUCUGCGGAUAGCGGCGCGGACAGCUUUAAGAAUAUCUUCUACAAUCGGAAGAAGAAGGGGAAGCUGGCCUGCAUAACACUGAAGGAGCGGGAAACAAACGGAGCAGAUGGAGAGGCGAGAAAAAGCGGUUCCCAGGUGGAAGAGGUGAACACAGGCGACGCGGUCAACUCGGAUGAUGCUUCCAGCUUGGACGGCGCUUCCAGCGUGGACGCCGUGUCACACUCGAAGAACGAGGCGAACAAGAAGGCCAACUACUUCCGAAGCUACAUCAAGAGCAGCGAAGAAAUAAAGCAAAUACGAUUUGAGUUCAAGCAGCUAAUCCAUACGAUAGACUCCUUCAUUGUGCAAAAUUCAACCAGUGAGGAGAUGUUGGGCGAGAAAAAUGUAACUCAAGGAAAUGAACACAGUAGUGGUACGCAAAACUCGCAUAAGAGAGAGAACAAAAAUGAAGCCACCUACUUGGAGAUGGAUAAAGGGAAGGAAGAAGUAGACGGGGAAUCCACAGAUGAACAAUGCAUGAGAUUUAUUGAUGGUGUUACGUCAGAGGAUAAAAGUGGCUAUGUAAUACUCAAGAAUGAUGAGGAAUCUCUUAUAGAGGCUCUGGAGAAGCUGAGAAUUGAAAAAAAGAAAAAGGAAGAAAGGGAGAAGGAGAAGGAAGCAGACGACAAGGCAAAUCGAAUGGACAAAGCAGAUGCGGUAGGUAUAUUAGAUUCAGCCAUUUUCUUUAAGUGCAUUAACAAGGACCAUUAUGAAAAGGCAGCUCAGAUACUAAGACAGAAGGGAGAAAACAGUGUCCUUAUCGAUAAAUUUAAUGUGCCUCUUUUGUAUUCACAAAUAAAAUGUCUUAUGGAUACGAGGUGGCUAAACGACGAGGUGAUUAACUUCUACAUGAGUAUGCUACAGGAAUAUAAUUCGAACAGUGUUAAAAAGGAAAGGACAUGUAGUGAUUUGCCAAAAAUUUUUACUUUUAGCACCUUUUUUUUUCAAUCCCUGAGCUCGAAUGGGACAUACAACUAUAACAAGGUAUCGAGAUGGACAAAACGGAAAAAGGUCGAUAUUUUUUCAUUCGACUUGAUUUUGAUUCCGUUGCAUGUCGGGGGGAACCACUGGACCCUGGGAUCGAUUAACAUGAAAGAGAAACAAAUUAAACUCUACGACUCUUUGAACAUGUCGAAUGCGAAGUUCUUCGAGUACAUGCGGCGCUACAUCGUGGACGAGAUGCGCGACAAGAAGCAGAUGGAGCUGGACGUGUCGGCGUGGGAGUAUAGCCGGGACGGCCGUUCGGAGGUCGGAAUCCCCUGCCAAGAGAACGGUUACGACUGUGGCGUGUUCACGUGCAUGUUCGCCAAGUGCCUGAGCUUUAACCGCAGCUUCGACUUCAGUCAACGGGACAUCAAAGAAAUUCGAAUGAAGAUGGUUUACGAAAUAUCGCAGGGCUGUCUCAUCUUUUAA